AUGGAUGAUCUGCCCGACCACAACAAACAAUUAGAAGAUUUAAAAUUAUUUACUGAAGAUGUAGACAAAAAAUUAAACGAAGUCACAUCUUUUUUAGGAUGGAGCGUGGACAGUUUAAGCGAUUUUACACCGCCAAUUACUUGUCCCUUCGACAAUGCGCAUCAUUUAUCGGAGAAGAAAUUAAAAGAUCACCUGGAAAAAUGUCAAUGGAAGGCAGAAGGUUAUGCAGAGACAGAUUUGCCUUUAUCUUGGCCAACUCUACCAGAAAAUUCUCCCUUUUGCAUACAAAUAACCGAAAACUUGCAGGAUGAAAUUCUUAAGUCAGCGAAACUGAAUAAUCCUUCGUUAGCAGUAGGUACGGGAAAUCGAUUAAUACCCCGCACUUCUGACAGGCUUAUCGCUGAUUUCACUCCUGAUGAACGAAGAGCGCUUUAUGAAUAUUAUCUGGCGAAUACUGUCCAACCAGACAUUGGAGAAGAUAUUGCUGACCUGAAUAAACCGAAAAAAACUGAAGAGAAAAGAACAUCAUACUUGGAACUACUUGCCCAUGAAAGAGAUUUAAAACGACGUCGAGCUAAACACCGAGGAGUUCAUACGAAUAAAAAAUCCCAGACAGAAAUAUUAAGAGAAGUUAUCAACCAGCAGAUGGAAAUGCUGACAGAGUACAUCGCUGAGAAGAAUCACAAUGGAGCGGCUGAAGUUAAAACGAAAGGUGUUAAAGUAGAGCGAGUAGACACCGAUGAACUUAGGAUAAAAGAGAGUCACAGAGAACGGAGACGAGAUGAUUUUGAUAGACAUAGAUCCCAUCGUUCUGACUCGAGCAGGGAAACUUCCAGACAUCGGGAUGAUGAUCGUCACAAGUACUCCAACUCCAGGCGCGACAUAAAGACAGAUACAGAUAAUGGGAGAAGUGGAUCGCGUCACAGAGAUUAUGACUCUCAUUCGAAGUAUCACAAGAGAGAGGAUAGACAUCGACACCGGCACCAUUCAGAUGAACUUAACCAUCCACAUAGAAGUGAUAAAUAUUCCAAGCAUGAGAAGCGCGAAAGACACAGGUCGCGUGACCGAGAUUCGGAUCAUAAAUCUUAUAAAAAAUAUAAAUAUGAUGAUGAAAAACAUGAAAAUGAUGGUGAUAAAUAUAAAUAUGAUAAAAAAUCACACAGAAGACAUUGA